GUGUCAGCCAGAACAUGUCUUCCUACCUGAAGUCAAAGAAAUUCCUUGUUUUCUUAGGAAAAUCACUUUUUAGUAUUCUGGUGGCUCUGACUUUUACUGUCAUUCCAAAGCCACGGAAGAGUGUUGCUGGUGAAAUUGUCCUCAUAACAGGCUCUGGGAGUGGACUGGGGAGGCUCCUAGCCUUGCAGUUUGUCCGCCUGGGGUCUGUGCUGGUUCUCUGGGAUGUCAAUACCGAGGCAAAUGAGGAGACGCGCCGGAUGGCCCAGGAAGCUGGCGCCUCGAGGGUGUACGCCUACACCUGUGACUGCAGUCGAAAGGAGGAGGUCUACCGAGUGGCUGAUCAGGUUAAAAAAGAAGUUGGAGAUGUUUCCAUCCUAAUCAACAAUGCUGGAAUUGUAACAGGCAAAAAGUUCCUGGACUGCCCAGAUGAGCUUAUGGAAAAGUCAUUUGAUGUGAAUUUUAAAGCACAUUUAUGGACUUAUAAAGCCUUUCUACCUGCCAUGAUUGCUAAUAACCAUGGACACUUGGUUUGCAUUUCAAGUUCAGCUGGAUUGGUUGGAGUCAAUGGGCUGGCAGAUUAUUGUGCAAGUAAAUUUGCAGCCAAUGGAUUUGCUGAAUCUAUGUUCAUAGAAAUACUUGCCCAAAAACUAAAGGGGAUCAAAACCACAAUUGUGUGUCCAUUUUUUAUAAAAACUGGAAUGUUUGAGGGCUGUGCUACUGGUAGCCCUACUCUGUUGCCAAUUCUGGAACUGGAAUAUGUCGUCCAGAAAAUAGUAGAUGCUAUUCUGCAGGAACAGCUAUACUUGUACAUGCCAAAGUUUUUGUAUUUCAUGAUGCUUUUAAAAAGCGUCCUGCCCAUCAAGACAGGGCUGCUUAUCGCUGACUAUAUGGGCAUCUUUAAUGUCAUGGAUGGCUUCACUGGGCAAAAGAAGAAUGCCUGAAGACCAGCUCUGUGGCUGAUGCCACCUGAUACCCAGAACUACAUCAUGAUCCGCUCAAAGAAGAAAAGGAUUUUUGUCUAAUAAUGGAGUAUGUUUGGAGACAAGUGCUAUUUCUGAUCCGCUACUUGCACUAGAAUUUCCAGCCGGUGUCUGCAGAUGACGUUGCUUUCUCCUUUUGCUGUUGAGUUUGGGUUUUGUUGUUGUAGUUUCUUUGUUUAAAAAAAAAAAAAAAUGAAGAUGCCCCAUUUUGCCAUUGCCAUUUGCCACAGAAAUAAUAAAAAGAUGUUUCUCUCA